AUGCUGAUUCAAGACAUUUGUAUUUGUUGCUUAGCUGUAAAAGUAUUUUAUGUUGAGUCGUCCUUUGAUAUCCUGAAAUGGGACAUGGAUAGGAUAAACCAGACAUUUGUGACAGAAUUCAUUCUUCUGGGACUCUCUGGUUAUCCAAAACUUGAGAUCAUUUUCUUUGCCCUCAUUCUAGUUAUGUACUUAUUGAUUCUAAUUGGCAAUGGUGUUCUGAUCAUGGCAAGCAUCUUUGAUUCCCGUCUUCACACUCCCAUGUACUUCUUCCUGGGCAAUCUCUCUUUCCUGGAUAUCUGCUAUACAACCUCCUCUGUUCCCUCAACACUGGUGAGCUUAAUCUCAAAGAAAAGAAACAUUUCCUUCUCUGGAUGUGCAGUGCAGAUGUUCUUUGGGUUUGCAAUGGGGUCGACAGAAUGUUUGCUUCUUGGUAUGAUGGCUUUUGACCGCUAUGUGGCCAUCUGUAACCCUCUAAGAUACCCCAUCAUCAUGAGCAAGGUGGUGUAUGUACUGAUGGCUUCUGUGUCAUGGUUCUCUGGUGGAAUCAACUCAAUUGUGCAAACAUGUCUUGCCAUGCGACUGCCUUUUUGUGGGAAUAACAUUAUUAAUCAUUUCUUAUGUGAGAUCUUAGCUGUCCUAAAAUUGGCUUGUGCUGAUAUAUCCCUCAACACUGUCACUCUAGCAGUGUCAAAUAUUGCUUUCCUGGUUCUUCCACUGCUGGUCAUUUUUUUCUCCUACAUGUUCAUCCUCUACACCAUCUUGAUAAUGAGCUCAGCCACAGGGAGGCACAAGGCCUUUUCUACCUGCUCAGCUCAUCUGACUGUGGUGAUCAUAUUUUAUGGUACCAUUUUCUUUAUGUACGCAAAACCCAAGGCCCAAGACCUCCUUGGGAAAGACAAUUUGCAGGCCACAGAAGGGCUUGUUUCCAUGUUUUAUGGAGUAGUGACCCCUAUGCUAAAUCCUAUAAUCUAUAGCUUGAGAAAUAAAGAUGUAAAAGCUGCUGUGAGAUAUCUGCUGAGUAGGAAAGCUGUUAAACAAUAA